UGAUAAUCGUGCGAAAUAUGGAGAGAGAUAAAUAUAGACAUCGAUUCAAUUAAAAUAAUACAUUUUUUAGUUAAAUAAAUAUCAUCAUUGUAUUAAACCGUAAUUCAAUGUAACCCUAUUUUACGUUUCUAUUAAAAUGACUUAUUGUAGAAUAUGCUUAGGGAAAAAAAAAAUAUUGUAUCCUAUAAAUGAUAGUGACAAGGGUGUAAAUUGUGCUUCAAUCAUAUCAUCUAUCUCAAAUGUAAAGAUUGUGGAAAGGAGUAGUGAUAUGAUAUGCUUUUCAUGUCGCAAGAAACUUAAAGAAUUCUAUGAAUUUAAACUGUUGAUUGAAAGGUCUGAUUUAAAGCUUAACAAACUUAAAAAAGUAUUUAAAUUUAAUACUAUAGAUGAAGUUGAUUUUUUGAUUGAUUUAGAUAAAAAAGAAUUAAAUAGUGACAUUAAUGACAAUAUUAUUAAAAACGAUAUUGAUUAUGUCUACUAUAAUAAUACUUUAAUAAAAAGAUUAAAUAAUGAUAAAAGAAAUAUAUCCCUUCCAGUAGAAGACUUUCUGAAAUCUGUAAAAUAUGAAAAUAAUGAUAAUGAAUAUAUUGAAUUGUCUGAAAAUGAUAUAAGUUUCAAUUGUGAAGACUGUAAAAAUGCAAAGAAGAAAAAUAAAUUGAAAUUUAAAGAAAAUGGUAAAAACAGUAUUUGUAUCAAACCAGUCUUUCAAAAGGAUUUAAGAGUGAUAAAAACGAACAUCCCUAAAGAUAAUAAAAUAAGAAGUAAGAUCCAAGAACAAGCACAUACACCAAGAGAAGACAUUUGUCCAUACUGUGGGAAAAAGACCAGAGCUAUAAGGAGCCAUAUAUUACAACAUACAACUGAAAGAAAGUUUAGCUGUAACAAGUGUAACAGAAGUUUCUACACAAAACAAAAGUUAGAGACACAUAAGAAGACACAUUUCAUGGAACCAAAAUUUAAAUGUGAUCACUGCAUUGCCAGUUUUAAUUCUAAAGGAGCACUAGCAAGACAUAUGGUAGCUCAUAUGGAUGUCAGAGAAUUUACCUGUAAAAUUUGUGCGAAAACCUUCAAAUGGAAAAGUGGCCUGCACCGACAUAUGCUCAUACAUAAUUUUGCGAAACGAUUCAAGUGUGAAAUGUGCAAGAUGUCUUUCGCCACAAAGUACGCGUUCCAACACCAUUACCGCGUACACACUGGAGAACGACCUUACAAAUGCGAGCUUUGUUCGCAGCCUUAUAGUUACAAGCGUGACUUUAACAGGCACUGCUUAAAAAAACAUGGCGUUUUUGUCGACCGCAGACCAGUUAAUAUAAUGAACGAAGAGGUAUUAAAGCAAGAAAAAAUAUUGAUGAAAGAUCUUAUUUUACGAAUGCAUGGAAUAAAAACGGAUAGAGAACCAUUGGACUAUUUCCAAGGGCCGCAGGGUGCACUGGCGUUUGCAAAAGCCGUAAAAGUUAUGCAAAACAAAGAAUUACUUAUAGAUGUUCAUUUAUGAAAUAUGAUUUUUUGAUGUUAUUGUUAAUAAAUUAUAACAAAACUUUAA